AUGGCCAAGCUCUUCCCCGCACGGGAGCUGUUUCAGAUCGGCUGGAUCUGCGCCUUGCCUAUCGAGGCAGCAGCAUCCAAGCUGCUCCUUGAUGAGAACUUUGGCAUCCUUGAAGAGCAGGAUGCGGCAGACACAAAUUCAUACACCUUGGGCCGAAUCGGAAACCACUAUAUCGUCAUCGCAUGCCUUCCCGGCGGCCAAUAUGGAACCACUUCGGCGACUACAGUUGCAAUCAACAUGAUGCGUACAUUUUCCGCCUCGCUGCGGAUCGGCGUGAUGGUUGGUAUUGGAGGGGGAAUCCCAUCCGCCACCCAUGAUAUUCGACUCGGCGACAUCGCAAUCAGUUACCCGGAGGGUGUCUGUGGUGGUGUGCUUCAAUAUGACAUGGGGAAAGUUGGUGAAGGUGGUAAACUUCGCCGCACUGGAUUCUUAAGCAGCCCACCAAAGUCACUCUUGACCGCUGUCAGCAAUAUGAGAGCAGUCGAGCUCACUGAUGACCAUUGCUAUCCCGACUACAUUCAAAACGCGAUGACAAGAACUGUACGAACAAGGAAAACCUUUGGCCGACCUGAUGGGGAUCGAUUAUUCAAAAUUCAGUAUGAGCAUCCUGCCACUGCAGCCAUGUGUGAGUGUUGUCUAGCAGAGUGGGAGGAGGCUAGGAUAGAGCGCGAUAAUAGUGACCCACGACCGCACUAUGGCAUCAUUGCGUCAGGGAACGCGGUCAUGAAGCAUGCAGUGACAAGAGAACAGCUACGCCAGGAGACCGGUGCCUUAUGUUUUGAAAUGGAAGCAGCAGGUCUGAUGUUGGAUUUUCCUUGCAUAAUCAUCCGCGGUAUAUGUGACUACGCCGAUUCACACAAGAACAAGGAAUGGCAAGGGUAUGCUGCAUUGGCGGCUGCAUCGUAUGCCAAGGAGUUGCUUGGAUAUGUGCCUCGCGCUCAAGUGUCGCAAGAAAAGCUGGUGGCAGAGGUCUGUGUUGAGAUUCUCGGUGAACUAAAAGGCAUCGGUCAAGGAUUAGACAGAGUGCUAAAUCAACAAGCAAGUUACCAUCAUGAACAAACCACAAGGUUCUUGACCGACUAUCAACAACGCUGUCACCAGGCAUUCAAGACGUCGACGUAUGAGCAGUUCAAGAACAACAACCCAACCCGGAUAGAAGGAACAUGUGAAUGGGUUCUGAAGAGCCCCCAAUAUCUCAAUUGGUGGAAGAGCAGCUGCAAUGAUCUUUUAUGGAUAUCGGCUGAUCCUGGCUGUGGGAAAUCAGUGCUUGCAAAAUCACUCAUUGACCUUGACUUCCAAACAUGCGGGCUGGAUCUAUCCAUCUGUUACUUUUUCUUCAAGGACAAUGAUGAACAAAACAACCUGGCUACAGCGCUAUGUGCCAUCCUUCAUCAGCUCUUCGCACAGCAGCCGGAUCUAUUA